AGAGAAACCAGUGACGUAUCAGAUGUCUGAUUGGCAGAGGAAAAGCCGCCUUUAGAAAGUGUGGUCCUCCUCGCGCUGAUCGGUCUUGAGCUUUCAUCUUUGGAUAAUACACAUUAAAUCUCAUGCACCAUGCUUGGUCAAUCAGAAAACAGUCUGCAUGACAUCCCAGAUUAUGAGCACACAGAGGAUGAGAAAUACCCUCCUCUGCCUCCUCCAUCAUCACCGGGACAGAAUGACUUUGAGGAGGGUCUUUUUGGCAAUGCAGAGGGAGACGGAGAGGAAGGAGAAGUGUCAAAACUAGCAGAAGUGCCCGUGGCGAAAAGAAGAUCAGUGAAGAGGCCUCAGCCGAAACUCGAUUCUAACAGGUUGAUUUCUGAGAAAGGUCUUCCAGCUCUACGUACAUUAUUUGACAACGUUACGUUUAAAGGCAAAGGACACGAGGGAGAGGAUCUGAAGCUAGUACUGAAGAAAAUGGAAAACUGGGCGCAUAGACUUUAUCCUAAACUGCAGUUUGAAGAUUUCAUUGAGAAAGUGGAGAGUUUGGGAGGCAAAAAAGAAGUUCAGACGUGUCUCAAACGAAUUCGAAUGGACUUGCCGUUAACACACGAGGACUUUGUUGAGGAGGCACAGGCUCCAGCACAGGAAGAGUUUGGUCUAGGUGAAGAUGCAAGUUUUCAUGAAGAUCCAUUUGUCCAUUCAACUCCUGCUCCAGUGUCUCUCACUGAGGAACAGCAGCGACGUAUUGAGCUCAACAAACAGCUUGCUCUGGAGAGGAGACUAGCACGGCAGAAGUUGGCAUCUUCUCAGAAUUUAACCCAGGACGAAGCAGAUGAACCUUCAACCAGUUCCUCAGGACUGUACAUUAGUCAAGAGAAUCCGGGCGUUGUGCAGAGCACAUCAAAUGAAACUCCACUCAAACAAAAGCUAGCUAAACCUCCCAGUUCUCCAUUAUAUGAUAAUGAAUGUGCCAGCCCAGUUCCAAAUGGCAUAGAUGAUGAUAGUAAUUGAAAGCAUCUUCCCUGUUUGUUUCAAGAGCACCCCACCUAUGGACCCUGCAAAAUCAUUUUUGGUAAUAGAUAUUCUCUUCAACAUCACUCCAAGCAAUAUCAGCUGAAAUGUUAUACUUGCUUUACGUAUGUGACUUUGUAUACAAAACAUCAUCUGCAUCUAAGUGGAAUGUUUAGGGAAGAGUGACACCAACUCUCGCCCUGCAGAGAGACAGAAAAUAAUCUAUUUCCUUUUGAAUCUUAACACAUUACCUUGAUCCUCUGUGAGGAUAUUAAACUAGCUCAAGAAAAAACAUUUUCUAUUCAGUCAUCUCAGAUUCACUAGGAAUCACAUCCAUUCUUCAGAUCUUAAUAUUCAUUGCUUCCAUUUAUAUUGUUGGUUGGAGUAUCAUCAUAGUGUCAAAAUAUAAAGACAUAACAGAUGCCAUUGAGCAAAUAUAUAUAUGCCAUAUAUGUUGUAGGGUUGUCCUAAUAUUGUGCUGUUCUUGUUUCUUUUUGAAUUAAAUUUCUUUUGUUGUCAGUUUUUGUGAUUUGAUAUUCUAAAUAAAAGUGUUUGUAAUA